AUGAAGGCUUUUGUUAUAUCAGGACUGCUGCUGCUGCUCAUAUCUGGGAUGUGGAGGUGUUCUGGGCAAGAGCCAGUAUCAGUGGAGUGCAAUUAUCUUAACCUGCGUGUUGUAGCUAAAAGGGCGCUGUUUCAUCCAGAUGAGCGUGUAGGCCUGGAUGAAUUAUUCCUAGGGACGGGCUGCAGAGUGACUUAUGUGCGACCAGAUGAACUUGAGUUUAAUAUUCCUAUCCAGUACUGUGGGAUUGUUAUAGAGAUAGUAGUUGAUAGAACUAUCUUUCAUUCCUGGCUCACCUAUAAACCCAAGCAUUUACAUAUUUCUGCUGAGCUUCCGCUGAAGUGUGUGGUUCCCAGGUCAGUACAAAACACACGCUCGUUGAUUAAGUUUCAAUAG